UUCCAAAUCCCAAAAAGAAAAGAAAAAGAUCUACCUUUUUUUUCUUAAUUACAAAAGUUAUUUUAUUAAAAAUGGGAUUAAGAGAUAUUGGAUCAACUUUGCCACCAGGAUUUAGAUUCUAUCCUAGUGAUGAAGAAUUAAUUUCCCAUUAUCUUUACAAGAAAAUUGCUAAUCAAGAAGUUAUUAAAGGAACUUUAGUGGAAAUUGAUCUUCAUAUUUGUGAGCCAUGGCAACUUCCUGAAGUGGCAAAAUUAAAUUCAAACGAAUGGUAUUUCUUCAGCUUUAGAGAUCGAAAAUACGCAACUGGUUUUCGAACAAAUAGGGCUACAAUUUCUGGAUAUUGGAAAGCUACUGGUAAAGAUAGAACAGUGUUUGAUCCUCAAACAGGUGCACUCAUUGGCAUGAGAAAAACUUUGGUUUUUUACAAGAAUAGAGCUCCUCAUGGGAAUAAAACAGGAUGGAUUAUGCAUGAAUUUCGUCUCGAAAAUCCUCAUAUACCUCCUAAGGAAGAUUGGGUAUUAUGUCGAGUAUUUUUCAAAGGUACUAAAGAUGAAAACAUCAAUAGUACUAACAAUGAGAGUACUAGUAUCACAUCUCUCAAUAUGGACAACCAUGAAGCAAUCAUGCCUAAGUUAUUUCCCCAUGGUGGCGGCGGAAAUCGUCCAUCAGACGCGCCUAAUUUCUCGAAUAACUUUAUCCAUCAAAGUCAGAACUCGAGCAUUAAUGUUCAAUUGUCACAAGAGAUAAACAAAGUUCUAGCAAAUGAAAUGAUUCACUCAAAAUGUGGCAAGGAGGAUGAGUUUGGGUUCUUGUUUGACAUGAAUUAUUUUGAUGAAUCAAGUUUACAAGAUGGAGGGGUUCAUUCUUGCCUUGAUGGGGACAUGAAAUUUGAGGAUGAAAAUAGUUUGGUUUUUAUUUAAAAUUAUUAGUCAUAGUAAUUAUUGAUUUGUUGGAUUAUAUUGUUUGUAGAAAAGAAAUACAUUAAAUAUUAUUUGUAGAACAUGUGAAUAUAAAUAUUAGUGUUUGCUUGUGAGUUUAAUAAGAUAAAGAG